AUGUUCAGCAAAGACGAUCUUGUGAAUCCAUCCGGAGAUAGUGAUUACUCACAAUAUGUCAUCCGCCCGUGGUUAUUGCAUCAAAACACUGGCACGGCGGAAACUGUCUUACAUCCGCCAGUGAUCUCGUCAGGUUCAGCCAAUUUGAAGUCUGCAUCUCGUGAGAGGAAUCAUUUCGAACAACUGACUGAGCACAAUAACCGCGGGAAAGGCAAUAUUGGCCUGAAAGAAGACUGUCAUAAAUUGUACAAUGUCUGCUCCCCAGUUAGUGAACAGUUAGGCGCUCCCCGUAAUUGCCAUCGGUCAGAAAAACACAUACUCAGUGAUCGUGAGUCCUGUGCCUCACAAAGUUUGAAUGUAAGUCGUGCUGUGACCCGGGAGAACGUCACUGAAGCCAAAAUUGACUGGAUGACUACAUAUGAAUCGCACAUUCAGUUGCAACCGGUGAUUGAACCAGACGAUCAAAUGCUCUCAAAACUUGAAAUCACCGAAGAGAAUCAGCCAGCCAUAGCUGUAGUUCAACCACCCCUAGUAACGAAACUUGCAGCUUUUCCAUCAUCAAUCAAACCAAAUGGAACUAAGACCACGGACGCAAAUUUCGAUGAGCUGAGUCCUUAUACCAGUCCUUCCCUAACAAUAGAGGAAGAAAUCAAUUCAUCCAUGGUAAAGUUAAGAUACCCGUUUGAGGGUGGAAGUUCACCAACCAAAGCUGCAUGUGCCUCAUCGAACAUGAAGCAAUCGACAUAUCUAUCCCAAAUGACUUGGCACAAACAAGAACCCCGACGCAUGAGGUGCACGUUGUCUCAUUCUCCCAACACCACCGGGAAGCGUUCCAGACGAUGGUGUUCGCGCGAUUUGAUAGUGACACUUUUUGGCUGUGUGAAAACCAAUGCCGGUGACGAUGGAGAGUUAACACGAAGCUCGUUCUCCCGGAUCGAUAUUACCCAGGAUAGUUCGGGGACUGAAGAUCAACGAACAUCUGCAAUAUCCGCCUCCAGCCCUCAAACCAAUUCAGCCACUCAUCUACCGCUAUCGCCAGUUGAAACAAUCUCAACGAAAAAGUCUAAAAUAUCUCAAUCUCCGAUAAACUCGACCUCACCAAAAGCUCAAUCUAAGCGUCCUAAGGUUCGGUUACACAUGCCCAUCGUAAGAAAUCAAUGUCGCAUACUGGGCAGACGCACGCUGCUUCGUGCCUCGAAAUCCCUAACGAGAGUGCAUCAAAUAAUAAUGCAGUUGAUAAACCAACACAAUCAUGAAAUGGAAAUCGUGAAUAAAGAAUUUGCCAAUGUUCAACACCGUCUAGUUGAGAUAAACACCCGAAUAGACCUAAUGACUCGAUCGUUGGAAAGUCAACAACAAGUUUUGUCGAAUAUAACGCAGUGGAUUGAGGGACACAGAACGGUAGAAAUCCCACAGUGCUCGGAGCGACCAACUCAGACUGUGAAAAUCGCUUCCACAAAGCAGUCCGCUGAACGGCCGCGACUUGAAUCGGAACAACCGAAUCCAAUGGUACAAACUGAACAUAGAAAGAUUGAUACGACACCGAAGCAAGACUAUUCAAUUACACAACGACAUUCACUUAACCAUAAGUUGUCUAGUUCUGAAAAUCGGCCAAGUUCCGUAGCUAGCGUCUGUGUCUCACCACCAAUAUCUGCCUACCAAUCACAAAAGCUCUCAUGUCGUCUGAUUUCACCGGAAGAAUACACGUUGGUCACCGAGCACUAUUCAAAGCAGUCGGACGAAUCUAGUUACCCGAAUACGAUAUCCAAAAAUCGGACUAUUGGGUUCAGUCAUGUUGAUACUAUUUCAAUUCGCAAGCCGUCAUUUCUAUGUUCUAAUCAAGGUGACGGAUGUCGUCACUAUUUCUCAGAGGUUACUGUGCAAACUCCGCAGAAUGUUGCUCCAGAGAAAGCAAGCAAAGCGCUGGAUUUAAGUCCUCCGGCUCAAAUGGACGUUGUCUGUUACUCACAACAAACCAGUCAUUCGUCCAGUUCAACCUCGCCCACUGUGGUUCAAGAAGACAAUACUAAAACAAGCAAAGAAAAUCAUGAUCUGCGGCGCUAUUACCGCAUUGCUUAUAUCGAACAAGACACUGCUGGUUCGCAGGAUGCUGUGCAUCGAAACUCGCAUUCCAACGGCUGCGUUGCUACAACCGCGCACAGUGCCGAAUCCGGUACAUAUCGUUCACAAAAAUCCAUCGAGUAUGUGAAUUUUGUUCAACCGAAACGUGUGUUGAAGGAGGCUAAGCUUGUCGCUGCCGAAUUUGUUCCUUGUUCGCCACCAGAUUCAGAUGCGAUGCCUAUAAACGUACCGAACAUGAUAGAACACAAAACAGAGGCAGCCAAGGAUAGUCAUCAUCUGGUGAAUCGAAAAUCUCAUGUUCAUCACGGACCACAUCGUGCUCAUCAAAGGGAACAAUUUGACCAACGGCCAACGAAUCGAAAAUCCAGUUCAACUUGCCGAAGGCAAAUGCUGAUUGCGGAUAGCGGGAAUGUGGUUAGACAGUCUCACACGAGUUCGUCAACUCGGCAUCGAACAACGAUUGUACGCACAUGCGAAAACAUCCCUCGUGAUCUGAGCAACAGAUCGGGUACAGACAUGUGUCUAACUGAAUCCCUCAUUAACCGGGAAUAUCCACAUCGGACAGUCCCUGGUCGAGCAAUUCCGGUCGAACAGACAAGAUCGCAUCACCCUUGUCCGAGACAACAUCACACACAGCAGUCCACAACUAGACACGUACAAAUGGACGUCACCUCUCGAGAUAGUAUUUCCAAUCAAUGUCCAAAUGUGAAUCGAUCCAGUCAACAUAAAAGAGGCGAAGGAAUGUGUAAAUCCAAGCAUCAUCAUAUACCGGUAGAUCGCAAUAACAAUAGUCAAGAUUGGGGACCGGAUGAGCGAAUGAUGAACAGUCCAUGCCAGUCUAACCAUAUCGAUCUUACUCAAUUAUCCUACGAAGAAAUGUGUAACAAAUCAAAUCCGAAGUUUCAUUUUAUUACAUCUCUUCCGAAUCGGUCUUUGGCGGAGCUGAUGCAUACUAAUAGCGGGACGAAACCAACGGAAUUUGCUUUACCCGGGCCUGAGGAAGAUAACCAAAUGAGCUUAGUUGAACAUCACAUGACAGCCAAACGAGAGAAGAAACGUUUGGAAGAUGAAAGACGAAUAUGGAACGAGUUGCGGCGUCUUCCAAAUCAGAAUAGUAAAAAAGUAACUGAAACAUCCAACAAAAAUGAUGAAAGGUCAACUGGGAUUGUUAUGCAACCACCGACGUCUGUCGGAGUUACACAGACCCCAGAGAAGCUAGCUAAAAUUCCAGGGGCAAACUCAACUUCAAAAGAAGAGGGAAAACAGAGUUCACAACCUAUGACAGCAUUGGAACGGUGUCGAGAACAACGACGGCGGCGUUUAGAGGAAAAAACACAGGCAGAUAUGAAAUCUAUCCUGGCUAUGACGGAACAAGCAGUUGCUGAGCGAAAAGCAAGAUCAGUUCGCACAAGUCCACAACAAUCGGCACAAAUAAAGCAAUUACUGAUCGAUAAACCUACAACGCCCCGGGGUAUUGGUGAUAGUCAGGAGAGGGAUGAAACUGAAUCAAUUGCCGUGCCUGUGAGGUUGUACAUCCCGAAUCAGACUGGUCUUCUUCGAAUACGGACUGUAUCGAAUGCAACUCAUCCCGUUCAUGUAGCCUGUCCUCCAAUAAUUCCUCGGACACCAGCACUAGUGAAACCGAAGAAUCCGUGGAUACUUGUUGUCACUCAAGUGUCAGUUCUUCUUCAAAUUCUACUCGAUGCUCUUCUCACGCCGGACCGCAAUUGUCAAACUAUUGUCCGAGUAAUGUACGGUCCACGGCACGGUGUUCGGGAAUUACAGCUCCCAUGCUCGUGA